AUGUGGUACGGAGCGGUCUGGUCUGCCCUCUUGGCGGUGGUGGCGGGCAUCGAGCUAAGGUUCCCCGGGGAGGUCAGGACACGGCUGCAAGAAGUCGAGGACCGCAGGCUCAUCGAGCCUUCCCAGGACGCGGCCAUCCUCGCCCAAGUGCUCACUGAGCGCUACAGGAACAACAGCCAGCUACCACAGGCCCAGGAUGACCCUAGGGGCUUCCAGCACACCCUCGUCGAAAUGUUGGGAAAAAGUUAG